CAAAUCUGCUCCAGACUAGAACAGUAAAAGUUCAGCAGACACUUCUGGAAGCUCUCAAACAUACAGCCUAACUUUUACUAACUUAACUUUUCAAAAUGACAUCAUUAGCAAAAGUCCUGAUGGUCAGUUUGUGCGUCAUCUAUCUGGCUUUGCAGUGGACUUCACCCACUUUUGAUCCAGAGUCGCUCAGAGGCGCCAGAGUUCUGGUGACGGGGGCCAGCUCAGGUAUCGGGGAGCAGAUGGCCUAUCACUACGCCCGCUUUGGAGCCCAGGUAGUCAUUACAGCCCGGAGGGAGAAAGUUCUGCAGCAGGUGGUGGAGAAGUGCCUCAGUCUGGGGGCUCAGAAGGCGGUCUACAUAGCAGCAGACAUGAGCACGGAUGCAGACCCUGACAGAGUGGUGGAUUUUGCUCUGGAGGAGCUGGGAGGCUUGGAUUACCUAGUUCUGAACCACAUUGGGCCGAGCUACAUCCGGAUGUGGGAUGGAGAUCACGAACAGGUUCAGCAGCUCAUGAAGAUCAACUUCCACAGCUACGUCCAGAUGGCGGGGAGAGCUCUGCCCUUCCUGGAGCGGACCGGAGGAGCUUUGGUGGUCGUGUCAUCCGUUGGCGGUCGAGUCAACACUCCCUGCGUGGCUCCAUAUACUUCAACCAAAUUUGCCUUGAAUGGCUUCUUCGGGUCCCUUCGUCACGAGCUGGUGAUGAAGAGGAGCAACGUGUCCAUCUCCAUAUGCACCCUGGGGCUCAUAGACACAGCAUCCGCUAUGAAGCACGUCAGGGAGUUCACGGACAUGCCGGCUUACCCUGCAGCAGACGCCGCGCUGAACAUCAUCAUCACAGGAGCAACGAGGCAGAGGGAGCUCUUCUACCCCUGGUUCACGCAGGUCAUGGCUCUCACCAAAGACUGGUGUCCUUCCUUAUCAGAUUACAUGAUCCAGAAGUUCUGCAAGAACUCCUAACUGCACCGUGGCGGCACUGUGGACAGACCUGCCUGCUCCUCAGAUUGAAGAGGAGGACAUCUGUUAAAGCUGGUCCUCUCUCCAACAUCGUAUUAUUUCUAUGUUUUUGUGUGAGUUUAUUUGCUCAGAUUUUAAUGUUUGUCAGAAAUAAUCCCAAUCUUUGCUUAGUUAUUAAAAAUGGGCAAUCUGAUUAGAAAAAGUCAUUUUGAAUAAAAGAGGUCAUUUCUUUCUGGCCGAAAGUUGCUCCGACAGUCUUCCUCUGUGGAAAGAAUGUGAUGCUUUUUCUGUUCCUCCAUCCUUUAGUCAGAUACAUUCUGUUAUGUUGAACCUAUUGGAGGAAAAACACCUUUUUAUAAUCACCU